AUGGCUCUUUUUAAGGUACAGUGCACUGCGUGUAAAGUCUUGGAUCACCUUACUCUUCUUGCAAAAGAAUCCUCUUUAACCGCAUCCCCUUCUCCUUCUAAUGCGGAAUGGCUUCGUCUUGAUGCCAUUGUACUUCAGUGGAUCUACAACACGAUCACACCAAAUCUUUGGACAACCAUUCUUGAUCCGAAUAACACUGCGGCACAAGUUUGGGCUGCUCUUGCACAUUCGAACUUAGUCCUCCAAUUGAUUGCGGGCCUCAGCGUCGAGUAUGAUACCGUGGCUAUUGCUCUUCAACAAGCAGCCACCCUUCCCACUUUUGAAUCCACCAGAUCUCGCCUUGUUCUCGAAGAAGGUCGUAAAGCCUGUCAAGCAGCAAGUGCCAAUCUCACGGCCACCACAUACCAUCCAGCUCCAAACCUUCCGGCCCCUCCAACUCCGGUUCAGAAUCUGUUUUAUCAGCUACCGAUCGAUCCCCAACCACAAAACAUCCAAGGACGCGGUUAUGACUAUCGUGGCAGCCAAGCGGGUGGACGACGCGGGGGCCGUGGUCGUGGUAAUAAUGGGAUUCCAACUUUAGUAACUUUGGCUACUUAUCUCAAUGGCAACAAUGUAUCAUCCUCAAUGGUUGAUUCCACCAUGCCCCUAUCCUACUCUUCCCCUUGA